GAUCACAAUUUUUAUAACCUUCUUUUGGCAUUUAAAUUUUUAAUGUGCUAGAUGACUUUGGGGGAAGAAAAAUGCAGUGUCCCAGGGCUGUUUCUACCCUGAGAAGACCUGGGUAAUACUCAGACUCCCAGUUGUUUGCACCUAUGUCAUCCCAGCAUGCCACCUGCUCACAGCCAGAACCAUGCACAUUUGCCAAGGGACAAAUUCUGGGUUUGCACAUACAUGACCUAGGUAAGUGGUAGCAGCCCCCAUCAUGGAAUGGCCCUGGGGAUCUAAAUCCAGGGAAGUCUCCUGUCUAUCGGCUAUGCCUUCUGAGCCCACUGCUUGUCUUCCCCAAUUGUGACCUCAUGUUAUUCCAGAAUGAGCUCUCUCCUGGGACCUUUUCCUUCCAGACUCUUCCCUUUAGUGAGGCUGGGGGCUACAAGUCGAGAAGGAAUAUGCCAACCUGGCAGCAGAGAUGCAUCCUGGAUAGAGGGAGACACUUGUCUCAGGAAGCCAGGAAUGGAUGCCAACCCAGUCAACGGAGUCUUUCUGCCAUUGCCAACCUGACUCAACAUCUUCUGCUCUCUAUGGGCCACUGGAUGGUAAAGGAGAGAAACCAAAGACUGGACGAUAAGAAGUAAUAAGUUGCAGGAUAGGUUAUGAGCAAAAGGCAGAAGGGACUUAGAAUUAGAGAAGCUGCCCUUUCACUGACCUUAGGGACAGCUAUCAGAGUGGGAGACAGGACCCAGGCUUCAGGCAACGUCUGCCAGGUUAAACAUGAGGGAUGCUGUGGCAUCACCCCACCCCACCCCCACUGCCUUCCUCACAAUGGGGUUUAUUGCUGAGGUGGGAGGGGCAUCGUAGGGGGGCCCAGUAGGGGACCUAGCUACCAGACACCUUUGGGGAGCCUGACCUUUCAAGCAUGAGCCAUACCAUCUGGGCUCCCCCAUUCCCAGUGUGUUCUUAGCUCUGCCUGCCCGGCGUGGGGUCCUGGAUACCUUCUUGGAGUUCAUCCAGCAGCCAUCAUGCAAGGUGGUGCUGGGGGCUGCCCUUUUACUAGGAGGUGGAGGCCUCAUGCUGUGGAUUCAGAGAAAGAGAAAGAAGGCAGUCACUGAAUCUGCAGAAGAUGCGGACAAGUCGCCAGACUCCCACAAAGCAAAAAAUGGGAAUUGGAUCAAAUCUCACUUUAGCCGCCUUUCUGAAGAGAAGCUGCUCCCCAACAGUGCCAGCACCUAUAACAACUCUCCCCAGCCCGAGAGUGGGAGUGGAGAGGCCAGCACCACCAUUCAUAUGGAGACUGUCACCACCAGGCAUGGAGAAGGGGGCACUGCUGUGCGCCGGGAAUCUUUUACCAGCAGGCAAAAGGCACCUGGGUCCUCGGUGAUUAAAGAGACCCACAAGGAGUCUGGAAUAUCCUCAUCCUCGAAUGAGGCCACUUGGGCUGCUGUGGCUGCCUGCACGAGGGAGAUUGACAGUAAAGGACGGCAACUGGCUAACUCCAUGCUGCAGCGAGCCACGGCCUACCAGCACUCAGGCCACCUUGAGUCCAGGGACAUCAAUCAGGAGGAGCUGAAAGCCCUUGAGGAGGUGGAACUAAAGCUAAAAACAAAUUUCCUCACCCAGCGGGAAAACACCAUAGCUGGUGCUAACCACACACACACUUUCUAUAGCAUUGGUCACCGUGGCCACCAGAGCCACCAGAGCCAUCCAGGCUACCAGAGCCACCAGGUUUAUCCAGGUCACCUGAGCCACCAGAAUCAUCAUGGCCACCAGAGCCAACAGAGUCACCAGGGUCAUCCAGGCCACCUGAGCCAUCAGGGUCACCCAGGCCACUCAAACCACCAGAGCCACAGUCUGCCCAACCGCAACCACCAGAUCUAUGACUCCUGUGAAGCCACCUAACCAUGGGUGGAGAUGCCCCUUCCCCCAGCAGGGCUGGCUCCAAACAGGCCUGUUUCUCUCUUAUGUGGCAAUCAGUGCGGUCCAGGAUGAGAACUGCUGCCGAAAACCUUUCUUCCUCAGACCCCUACAGGCAUUACAGCCCCUUUGACUCCAUGAGUGGAGUCAGCCAUAGAGGAUGGUCCCUGCCAGGAGGGCUGGGAAGAAGCAAAGCAGCUAACACAGACGCUGAGGACCCUGAAUCCCCACUGAGAGAAGACAGAUGAGGCAGAUCCCAGGAGCAGCUGAGAGCCCCGUAGUGAUGCCAAAAUGCCUGGAACAGAGCCAAUAAAGCCUUGCAUACCCUCAGUCUGCGUCCAGGGACUCUGUGGGCAGCUGAAGGUCUGGGCAGGGAUAGAGGGAGAGGGCUCCUUCUCCAGUAGUCCUGUGUGUCUGACGUUAGCCUAGGGCCUUGGCAUUGGGACAGAUUUGAGACUCCAUAAAAAAGACUCCCUGGUCUUAGAUCGGGGGAGGGAUACUUCUGGGGCCUCAAUAUCUGCUAACCUGCUAUUGUCAGAGAACGGGGAACUAGCCCAGCCCUGUAUUAGGGGAGAUAGGGGAAAGAAACGGGUUUGAGAAGAAAUUAAGUAAGCCAGGUGGGACGUAGGGUCUGGGCCCUCUUGGUGCCAUCCUCACCUUACUUGUUUUCAAGCCCUGUGGCAUCCCACACUGCAUUUCUCUCUCCCUGCCCCCUGCUUCCCAGGGCCCCUCCCUGACUCCUCCCUCCCAGUUUGUGCCCAUUGCUGGGCUGUGACUGUAAUGCAGCUAUUGCUGC